AUGGGCCAUUGGCGCGAUCUCUUCCGCUUUGAUGGGCGUCACGCGCGUCACCGCAUGCAAGUCGAGCGCCGUCGUCUUCUUCCCGCGUAUAUCGCUGAUGAAAAUAUCCCAUCUGACUCUUCAAAGGAAAUUGCAAAAGUCGCAUUGCGAUUGAAGUAUCAAAUUGAGCAAGUGGUUCCUUGCGAGGUUGAAGACAGCGUCUUGACCGACCCGAAUAGCCGCCUCAUCACGCCGCAGGUCGUGGAGACUGCCAAGCGAGCUGGCGGCGAGGAGUACAAAGCUUGUAUCGUCUACUGCCUUUUGGUCUGUAUCAGGUGGUUCCAGAUUCAAUCCAAUGUUGAGCUGUGGGAUGCGGACCUUCAUCAUGUUCGAGCUGUGGCAUGCGAGGUCAUAGCUAAGCGGAUUAUUGAGACCGAAGAGGACCAGGCUUACCUCCUUAAGAAUGUUCUGCUCAAGCGGUACUCGAUUUUCUGCGACGGGGUUGAAACAAUGCCUUUAAAUGUCAUUGAAUGGUCCGUCGAUCUUCAUGCUCUGAAAAUUAUAAGCUCUGCGGGGUACCAAAAAUGUAUCAAGUAUCUUUGGUAUGGGUGGAUCACUCAGGAAGAGGGAAACCCGACCAAUUUCGUGGAAUAUGGCGAGAAAUCCAACGACAGCUAUUGGGUCCAUUUUCAUCCCGACAGAAUGCGCACCCCCCUCUACCAGAAUAUCUGCCAGAUCCUCUUCUCUUUGAUCUACCUUGGUCUUUAUACGGCCGUUAUCAACACGGUUAAUCCAACAGGCGACCUCGACACGGCUGAAUGUAUUCUUUACGGUAUGACAUUUGCCUUCAUCUGCGAUGAAACUGUGAAGCUGUGGAAGGUUGGCUGGAACUACCUCGAGUUCUGGAACGCCUUCAAUUGCACUCUUUACGGGCUGCUUUCUGUUUCAUUCGUUCUACGUGUGGUGGCAUUGGCCCAUUCGCCUUCCAUUCAUGACGAAGAGCGCCAGUUCUUCAAUGGACUGAGCUACAACUUCCUGGCUUUCACGGGUCCGAUGUUCUGGAUGCGCAUGAUGCUCUACCUGGACACUUUCCGCUUCUUCGGUGCUAUGUUCGUGGUCCUUCGAGUUAUGAUGAAAGAGAGUUUAAUUUUCUUCGCGCUACUAUUUGUCGUCCUCGCUGGCUUUUUCCAGGGCUUCAUUGGCAUGGCUCAAGUUGACCAGGAUGCGGAUAUCGUCCGUCUCAUCAUCCAGGGGAUGGCAAAUAGCGUCAUGCAAAGCCCUGAAUUCGAGAUCUUCCAAGAUUUCGCGUUCCCCUUUGGCAUCAUCCUCUAUUAUGUUUUCAACUUCAUUAUCAUGAUUGUUCUGUUGAAUAUCCUCAUUGCACUCUAUAACAGUGCAUAUGAGGACAUUUCGAGCAACGCCACAGACGAAUACAUGGCAACUUUUGCCCAAAAAACCAUGCAGUUUGUCCGUGCUCCAGACGAGAAUGUGUUUAUCCCACCCUUCAAUCUGAUUGAAAUCCUGCUUGUCAGUGCUCCAUUUGAAUGGUGGCUUUCGAGAAAGAACUACGCAAAACUCAACGACAUUGUCAUGGUAGUCAUAUACUCUCCUCUUCUGCUACUCACCGCUUGGGUUGAGACUCGUGAAGCCGAGCAGAUCAGGUGGAAUCGUCGCCAUGGUGAAGAUGACGAAGGAGAUCGACAAGAGUGGGAAUACGUUGCAGAUGAGGUUAAUUUCGAUCUGGACGAUACAUGGAAGGAAGAAGUGCAGCAAUCAACUCCAGAUAUCAAAAUUGACAGCACAGCUCUCCAGGUGCGACAAUUACAAGAGCAGGUGGCUAUUUUGACCGAGGCAGUAAAACACUUGACGCAGGGAAAGGACACCUGA